CCGGCCGCCCCCCGCCAAUGGCUCCCCUCCUCCCUCGAACCCGCCGGUUUCCCCCUCAUCCUCAUCCCUCUCUCCCUCUCCUAUCUCCGCCGCCGCCAUUACAACCCCUCCACCCCUGUCUUCCACCUCACUCCCCCCCUCCUCCUCGCCUCCUCCGUUAUCGGAAUCAUCUCCGGUUUCGACAACUUCCUCUACUCAUACGGCCUCAACUUUAUCCCUGUCUCCACCUCCUCCGUUCUCAUCGCCGCCCAGCUCGCUUUCACGGCGAUCUUCGCUUUCUUCAUCGUGAAGCAGAAAUUUACCCCCUUUUCGGUCAACGCGGUGGCGUUGCUGACCGUUGGAGCCGCCAUGUUGGCUCUGCAUGCUAGCGGCGAUAGGCCUGCGGGGGUGAGCGCCGCCGGGUAUUGGAAGGGGUUUGUUUUAACGGUUGGGGCGGCGGUACUGUACGGAUUAAUGUUGCCGUUGGUGGAGUUGGCUUUUGAUAUGGCUGUGAGGGAGACGGUGACUUUUACCGUGCUCAUGGAAGUGCAGUUUGUUAUGGGCUUUUUUGCUACUGGAUUCUGCGCCAUCGGGAUGGUUUUCAACAAGGAUUUUCAGGCAAUCCCAAGAGAAGCAGCAGAGUAUGGACUGGGGGAGACGAAGUACUAUCUCGUGUUAAUGGCGGCCGUGAUAUUUUUUCAAUGCUUCUUCGUAGGCGCACUGGGAGUGAUCUCCUGCGCCAACACUCUGCUCGCCGGCAUCAUCAUAGCCGCAUUGAUCCCUGUGAUUGAAGUUCUUGCGUUCAUCUUCUUGCACGAGAAGUUCAGCAGCGAGAAAGGGGUUGCCCUAGUUCUCUCUCUAUGGGGCCUCGCUUCCUAUUCUUAUGGCGAGUAUACACAGCUGAAGCAGAAGAAGAAGGAACAACAAACUACUCCAGCUCUGACUGUAAUUUAAGAAAAAAUAUUAUCUCAGGAGUACUGAUGCAUCAGCAUUCUAAUGGAGAGGUGUCUCUUGAGAUAAUAUUUUUUCGCAAUUUAAGUCUAUCUUUACUCAAUUUCUAUGUAUCUAACAUGUGAAAUUUGAUAUUUGCAUUUAUAUAACUUCGGUGUCAUAAUUCUAAACAUAACUCAAGGCUUCUAAAGAUUGAUAUUUUGAAUGUUA